AUGUCCUUUGAGUUUGAUGACGGUUGGUCUGUGUUGAGACUGACGAUGAGGAAGGGGGUUGGACGAAAGGAAACAAACGUCGUCGAAGCCGUGAAAGCGGCAGAGGAUGUGGAGGUUGAGGAUAGAGAUGGAAGAUGGACAAGGGGAAGACGCGUAGAAGAGAAGAGUGGAGGGUUCGGGUAA